GUGAUCCCAACAGUGAUCAUUCUGAAGUGAAGUAGCAUCAGUGGCAGUGACCAAAAACCAUUUCGUAUCUAAAAAUCGAGAAUCAAUAGUCAUCAUGGCUAAGUUUGUAUUUUUACUCAUUUUAGCUUGUGCUACAUACGUUUGUGCUUAUCCUUCUGAAACAGAUCUGUCGUUUGUUGGAGAAAUACCACCAAAAAGUCGUCAUCCUCGAGCUGCCUAUCAUGAUAGUUUGGGACUCGAAACUCAUGGACACCGCAAUCACGCUCAUCUUGAUGAUGGUCUAGCUCACCAUGACCAUACUCAUGACCAUGGGCAUCACCACGACCAUCUUCAUGACCAUGACGUCCACCACGACCAUCUUCAUGACCAUGACGUCCACCACGACCAUCUUCAUGACCAUGACGUCCACCACGACCAUCCUCAUGAUCAUGAUCAUCACCACGACCAUCUUCAUGACCAUGACAUCCACUACGACGUCCACCACGACCAUUCUCAUGACCAUGGCGUUCACUACAACCAGCAACAUGGCCACGAUCAUCCUCAGCGACCAGGGUUAUUUGGUGCAGUGAUUGAUGCUCUAAGGGGAUAAAUAAAUUAAACUAUCAUUCGAUCUACUGAAUAAAAAUUAUUUUUCAAUGAAUUUUGAUAUUAUCUUUGGAAAUGAAAUUUUUAAAAUAUAGUGGAAUAUUAUUAUUCACCUUUUUGGAAAU